AUGUCUCCUACAACCAGAGAGGUUCUUCAACAAGACGUGUGUUUGAUGGAAAAAUAUAUUCGUUCGGCAGUAGACAUUUUAGGGAAAAUUGAUGAAAUUGUUGAUCCGUGCCAUGACUUUUAUAAAUUUGCCUGUGGUAAAUUUCUUAAAAACGCCUUAAUCCCUAUUGGUGAAAAAUCGGUUUCUUCCUUUACCGACAACAGUGAUAAAGUAAGGCUACAAUUCUACAAGCUUUUGGAAGGGCCUGAUCAUCAUAACGAAUCAUAUUCAUUAAAACUACUCAAAACAGUUUAUAAGUCUUGUAUGAACACAAAACAAAUCGAAAAAGAGGGACUGACUUAUGUGAAAAAGGCGUUUAAGGACCUUGGUGGUUGGCCUGUCGUAGAACCCUACUGGAAUGAAACAAAAUUCGAAUGGACCACUCUUGCGUUUCGUCUUCUGGAAGGCGAAUGGACACGGAGUUUGUUCUUUAUCACCAUUAACGAUCUUGGUUACAAAAAAUCGGGCCCACGCGUACGUAUUAACCCACCUGAUAUGGAUUAUAAAACAUUACAGAUUGGACCUCACAAUUAUGCAGUUAAAGCUUUGUAUAAGUACAUGGUCGAAUUUGCGGUUUUUUUCGGUGCUGACAAAGCAACUGCAACUUCUAAUAUGGAAGAUGUGAUUGAAUUUCAAACUGAAUUUGCAAGGCUGUUGAGUCCAGGUGGAGGGAGUAUAGCUUCGUAUAGAAUUGAGGAAUUACAGAAAUUUGGUCCGAGGUUCCCGUGGUUAAAGUUAAUCAACAAUUUUUUGUUUCCCAUGAAGAUGUUGGUUCCGGAUGAUAGUAUUUAUGUGUAUAAAUCGAGCUUUUUCCGACAGUUAGUACACUUUCUACCUGAAAUUAAAAAGAGAACUCUAGCGAACUAUAUGUUUUCAACAGUUCUUGCAAGCUUGGUUCAAUAUUUGCCAGAAGAAUUUGAAAACAAGUGGAAUAUUUGA